AUGGAUUUGUGGCAGGGAGAAAGGCUAAGAGUAUCACUGUAUCAUAGAGUAGAAUGGAAGAGGGAAGAGGGAAAGGGAGUGGUGAAGCACGUAUUGCUGGCAAAAUUCAAAGAUUCAACCCCACCCGACCAGAUUGAGGAACUCAUCAAGAGCUACGCCAACCUUGUCAGUCUCAUUCCUCCCAUGAAAGCCUUCCACUGGGGCAAGGAUGUGAGCAUUGAGAACAUGCAUCAAGGUUUCACUCAUGUUUUCGAGUCCACCUUCGAGAGCGUGGAAGGCAUGGCAGAGUACGUAUCUCAUCCAGCCCACGUCGAAGCUGCAAAUCGGUUCCUGCCCCACCUGGAGAAAGUCAUUGUUUUGGACUACAAGCCCACUGCAGUCCAUCUCUGA